CCGGAAGGACUUGAUAACGAUUUUGUAUUCAUAAUUCGCGAUAAUAACAGUUGAAAAAUAGUGAAUCGUGUGUCGAAUGUUGUGUUGUUUGUGAAGUGUUAGUGCUUGUUCAUAAUAACAAUUCGGGGGCAAUAUACGCCGGAAGAUGUUCAACUGUAUGUAUGCUAACUCUGCCCGUUGCAAGGACAAAGGGGAGUGAGUCGCUAAUGGCGUCCCUAACUCAAGAAACGCAGUGACGCUCUCGAUCUCGUAAGAGUGAAUCUGCCCUCACAGUUUAUUUACAAAUGUGGACAUCGAAGGUAUCCCAGGAAGCCUUGAUAAAGAUUUUGAAAUGAUAAGUGGUGACAAUAACAGUCGAAGUGGUGACCAUGGUGUUGAAAAGUAGUGAAUCAUGUAUCGAGUGUUGUGUUGUUUGUGAAGUGCUAGGGCUUGUUGGAAGGUGGAUGGCCGCAAAUGGCUGUUCACUGAGUGCUAGAAUGUGAAGUGAAACUAAGUUUGUGCUCGAAUCGUGUGGUCCAGUCGGCUAUUGAUCAACUCAUCGAUUCGUGGUGGCAUCUUCGUUAAUCAUCCGGUUGGAGAAGAGGCGUGGGGAUUAUGAACGUGAUUUUUACGUUCCUCGUAGUCAGCCUCGUGGUAGCUGGUAACUGGGGAGACAACGAGACCGAUGACUAUGGUGAUACAACUAAAACAACGAGUACAAUGAAUCUUGAUCAGCUUGAGGAUUACGAUCAGUAUGAGAUUAAUGAGUAUGAGGAUGUGACACGUAAAAUCUAUCACUGCGCCGCUAGGGAAAUGGGGAAAAAUGAUUCAAAGCCUGAUCGAAGGGUCAUUCAAAUUCUGGAUGAUAAUGGAAUAAGUUCCCUCAGACAAAAACCAUCUCAUUAUCUGGUUCGCAAUGUACGACAAAAAAUGUGCCAGGCUGGAUUCAGUCCCUUCAACGUGGAUAUAGGAUCUGGAUCGAUACACAAGCGAUUCAAGAAUACACUCAGGCUAAUGAUAUAUAAUACUCCUGGCAUGUUCCCGAGUAUCAAAGUGAUAAGGAGUGAUCUAGAUAGAAAACGGAAACGAGAACCGCAGAUUUGGUUCAAGUACGAAGGAAAUGGGAAUCCAUUGAGUGCCGAGUUUGAUUAUGAUAAUUAUUUUGUUAAUGUUUAUGGGGACUUUUCGCGGAUACAGGUUAUCUCGAAAUUGCUGGUGGCUUUUAAGAUGCAUAAGAGAAUCAACAAUUUCAAUAGCUCAAUUAGCGAUAAGGUUAACUUGGACUUGGGUAUAAUGGAAGUUAUCUUCGUCAACUUGAUGACAAUCCUAAUGAAAGACAAAGGCUCGGUGAACCUGUUGGUCAAAGCCCUGAACGGUAUCCGUACAGACAUAAACCCGGAGGGGGAUGUCCAACUAGGCUUCGAGCAGACUAUGAAAGACGCAGUGGACCAGAUCGAUCCACUUCUCUAUUCCUCCAUAUGGUUGCAAUCCACAGCCGAGAAAUUCGAAGUAAUUCGUCCGAAGGAGCGAACGAAAUCAGCAUCGGGUGAGCCACGCCACAGAAAAAAAUCAUAAUUCACAGUUCAGAAGACUCAAGUAAAAUUUCUUCAACUCUUGAGGUACAAUAAAACUAAAAAAUAAAAAAAAAAAACAGACAUAACGAGUCUACUUUUUCCCCCGGCUGGUUGGAUGGGAUCCAAACGACAGAUUGUUACAGAAUUCUCACAGGGACGUCUCGGAGUAAAGGAGAGCCAUCCUGUGUAGCCCCACGGGGCAGAAGGAGUGCUGGACGCGUAAUUUUCAUGCGCCGUUACUCAUGAGUUUACGAGAGUAUCGUUUGCUUGCCUCCUGGUAAUCCCAAUCUACCAACUAUUUGCACUUAUAUUUCGUCCUGCUCCAGGAAAAUUGGCCUCAUGUGUUGAUAAUGAAAAAUAACGUCGACAAUUUAUCAAUGUCAAAUGUUAGUCUCUCUCCCUGUCUCAGCGCCCCGCGGGUCACUAAUCGUUUAAACUUAAGAAUUAAAUUAAUCGAUAAAGGCGUGAACUGUGCAUCGAAUUUGCGUCUUAACAAGUAACAAGAAGCAUCGAUCCUCGAAUCGCCAACUAUCAUUUAUCGUUGAGUUGAGAGGGAGGUCAUUGAGAAUGCCAAUAAAUCGGACAGUCAGUGAGGGAGAGGGAGUGAGGGAUAAAAUGAGAGGGAGAGAGGUUAGACAAGCGGGUUUUUCAAAUAAGAAAAAUUGAAGGAAGAGGGAACGAUUAAAAAUAGAAAAAUAAGAUAGUGACGAUGCGAGCUAGCAGCGGGAACGGCAGCUCGAGGCUAAUCCGGGUGAUCGAUCGAUUCGCUUCCCCUCUGUCCUCCUCCCACUCUCUCUCUCUCUCUCUCUCUCUCCCCCACACACUCGUUGAGAGAUUUCUGUCUUGGUUCUGGUACAGAGAUGUACGUAUAUACGUGUAUUCACGAUAGGCCUCCUAAGUAUCGUCACGCUUGGCCGGAAGACCCAUCGAAUACUCGAUAUACCACAUUGGAAGCGAAUCGAAGUUGUACAGGGGACAAGAAGAGGUGGAAAAAGGAUGAGGAAGAAACUGUAAUGAUGGUGAGGGACAAAGGGGAAAGAGGAUCAGUUGGGAAAUAAUUUUUUUAAUUGCGCUAGUGAUAGUAAGUAUUCGUAAUAUGUCCGUAAUGUAUUCAGAGUAGAUUUGGCAGUGGCGGAAACCGAUUGGAUAAAUUCUCUCGUUCGGAUAAAUAUAUAUAGAUUCAUAUGAAGACAAAUACAGCGGUGACGAGUACACGCUAGGGUAUACUAAAUCAGGAAAAUAGUAGACAUUCAUUCAUCCCUGAAAGAAAUUCCUCUGGUACUCCCUUCACCCGAGUUCAGGGAAUUGAAGAUAAAAUUCUUUGAAAAUCAUGUUAGCUUAACCCCCACUUCUUUCGCCUUAUCUUUGCCAUCCACUUCAGUACCUUCGACGGUAUAUAUAUGUGCAUACAUAUGUACACGUAUAUAUAUGUCGAACGUCAUAGAGAAGAGCGUAAAACGUAAUAUGUUGCAGCAGCAGGGAUUUCACCGGGUUUUCAUUGCUCUGCACCACCGUAAAUAUGUACUCAGGUAUCCGUAAUGCAUCUGCCACGCCCUCUCCACUGUUUUUCUCGUAAUGUUCUUAUUUUUCUGUCCCCCAUGAAGUUUCUUGAAUUGUUCUUGAACCGUGUAUCUCCAACCAGCGAGAUCUGUCGAAUGAUCCUUUGCGCUGAGUUUAUGUCUCUAAGUGUUGGAAAUAGUUUCAUUAAUUUCAUUGACCCGAGACUUGCUGGGUAAUUUAAGAUGGCACUACUUUUUAUUGCAAAUGCCUUUCAAGUGUACAAGUACUUGACUACACGCGAACUCGACUUUUCGAAAUUCCGGUGGUAAUAGUAGUCGUUGAAAAAUAACGGUUAUUUUUGCCGGAGAUUUUUUUAUUUAAGAAGACGCUCGAAAUUAUAUAUUUAAUGGAUUAGAAACUACAGUUUUUAUUUCCACCCUUGAAAAUUAUCAUUUGCGAAUUUUUUAUUCCACUAGUACACUAUUAUAACUCUUAUUUAAAUUUUUAAAAAUCCAAUGUUUUUAAAAAAUGGCGCUGGAUAGGGAAAUGGAAAUCUGAAAAUUUAUUAGAAUGUAAAUUAGCAGAAGUUAAAGUGCCAGCGACAGUAACGAAUCUGUUUUUUUUUCGCAUUUCCUCCUGCGCCAUAAUUAAUAAUUAAACCAGAAAAGAUCCUCAUCAUUCAGUGCAUGUAAUCUUCUCCUAUUUUUGCCCCCUCCAUUCUCCUCUUAGUUUCAAGCCAACUCGAAUGCUAAUGGGAGAUGCGAUGCUCGAUGGCAAACGAAACACAUUCCACUGAAGCGGAGAUCCCGUAUCAGGCUACUGCGAGUGGCCUGUUCGUUAGGGUACGAAAUUAGCUAUCACCAGAGUUGGUAGGUUCACCGAAGUAAAUCGGCUUUAAGCGGUAAACAACUCAUAGUGGGACUAAAAUCGUAUACACUAGGCAUGGAUACAAUUUAGGUGGUGAAUUCCAUGGAUGCAUCAAGAUAACGUCCAAGUCGCGGUGGUCUUGAAUACCUGGAGACGAGGCAUAAAAUGUUCACUGGUCAGUGGUGAGGCUGUUUUAACAGUAGAAAUUUUAGGUUACACUGAGGAUUCAGUC